AUGCAAGAUGUCUUAGGAAAGAUCCGCGAGUCGAAGUACGAGGACAAAUGGAGCAACGGAACGGAGAAAAAUGUUAUUGCUUCGGCCAAGCUCUACUCUCCUCUAGCUUGUACCUCGAAUGAGCUAGAGAAUAUCCGAGUCUAUUAUCUCUCCACCGAGAACACCAUGAAAGAUAUGUGCUAUGACAAAUCCAAAGGUUGGUAUGAGGGCAACCUCGGCAAGAAGCGCUUCAUGGCAGCACCGUAUUCAAAGCUAGGCGCAUGUCACCUCAAGGGACCCGAUAUGAUGAUCAGGGUCUAUUGUCAGAUGCCAGACAAUACGAUCCAGGAGUAUGGAGUGAAGGAUACCGGAGUCUGGGAGAAAAUGUCGAACCUGGGUUCAGCAAUGCCCGGCACGGACAUUGCAUGCACCGUGUUCAAGACCACCGAAUCGAAGAUCCGUGUAUACUUCCAACAUAUGGAGCAUGGCAUCAUAGAGAAGUGCUACGACAGCAAACGCGGCUGGUAUGACGGAGCCGCCAAAUUCCCCAAGGUCCAACCCCGGACGUCCCUAGCUUGUACUAGUUACAUGACUAGCUCGGACACGGUCGGAAUCAAGGUAUACUACAGUACUGCGGAUAUGGUGUGUGAGAUGGUUUACGAUGGCAAGGCUUGGACUGAAGGACAUUUCCACGCGGAUUGUAUCCCCGGAACGCAGAUUGCGUGCGUUAGCUGGAUGAAUGGCUCGCGUCCGGAUGCACGAGUGUAUUUCCAGGCGGGUCAUGAAAUCUCUGCGAUUACGGAGUAUAUCUGGACUCAGGGACGUUGGUCGUCUGGGAAGCUUGCGCUUCCUCCUGCUUGA